AUGGAAGAAGAACGUUAUACUCUCUUGGACAAUCGACCUAGCCAGAAGCCUUGGGGCCUCCACUUUCGAUCGUCAAGAGGCUUCAUACUGCUCACUGUCGUUGUUUCCAUCUUCACGGAUGAUGUCCUCUAUGGAAUAAUCGUCCCCGUGCUGCCGAACACGAUAGGAAAGCAGUUCAACCUCUCUCACGAUGAAGUGCAAGCUUGGAUAUCCAUCUUUCUCGCUGUCUUUGGGGCAACGGGACUGGUCACCGCGCGCUACAUCACCGACCGCACCGGCUCUCGAUCGACCGUCUUCACGUCAGGCCUGAUAGGAAUUACUGCUGCUACUUUCCUCCUCUAUAUCGGCUCCUCACUCGCCAUGCUCACUAUCGCCCGUGCUCUUCAGGGCAUGGCAACAGCGAUCGUCCACACAGUUGGAAUUGCUCUCGUGGUUGACAAGUCUCCUCCCGAGAAGCUUGGGAGGACGCUCGGCAUAGUCGGUGCUGGAAUGACGGCCGCUGUGAUCGUAGGACCCCUUCUGGGUGGCGCCAUCUAUCGCUUUGCCGGUUAUCAGGCUGUUUUCUAUGUUUCCUUUGCGCUCCUCAUCGUUGACCUCGUUCUGCGUUUCAUGAUGAUCGAGAAUCCACCGGCAAUAGAGGGGAAUGCUUCGAAUAAUACAAACAGCUCGAGAGACGAGCUAGUGACAAGUCCCAUGGGUCAAGGCAACGGUGGCUACGGAACGAUCCAGUCAGAUGCAUCCCAUCGACACAGUGGACAUCUGAAUGGGGAGUUCCCAGUCAAUGACCAGUCUUCACCACAGCAUCAGCUCGUGAAGCCGGCGAGCUUUGAGGGCAGAGAUACCAGGUGGUAUAUUCCUUCUGGAGUCUAUCUGCUGGGUUCGCCACGGGUUGUUACUUGCUUGUUCCUCGCCGUCUUGAAUGCCGCAAUGCUCACUUGCUUUGACAGCACUCUGCCUAUCUUCACUCGAGAUUUAUUUGGCUGGGACGCACUGUUCCAAGGCCUUAUCUUCCUCACCAUUGCGAUUCCCAGUCUAUUCGCUCCAGUAACAGGUCAUCUUACUGACAAAGUGGGCGUGCGCCUCCCCAUCCUGACUGGUUUCAUCCUCGCCACGGCAGCAUUCAUCCUUCUCAGCUUCAUAGACGGACAUGCAGACACCCUUCACCAGGGCCUCCUCGUCGGCUUCCUGGUCCUCGUCGGCAUUGGGCUGACGCUCAUCCAUCCGGCCACCAUGGCUGAGAUCAACCACGCUGUUCGUGAGGAGGCCGAGGCCCACCCAGAGAGAUUUGGCAAAGGGGCCACCGGACAAGCCAAUGCCUUGCGAAACUGUGCCUUCUCCGCAGGCAUUACCUUUGGCCCGCUCGUGGCUGGUUUUGUCAAGGAGAGUUUUGGCUGGGCGACCAUGACCCGGGCGUUUGCAGUGGCUGGCGCUGUGGCGUGCGUUAGCACGGUACUCUGGGCUGGAGGGUGGAUCCUCAAGAGCAAGGAGGAGGAGGAGGGCGGUGGAGGAUGGAGUGAAGAUGAGCAAGGGUAA